AUGUUGUUGAGCCUUUUAACCUUAUACAUUGAUGACUUUGAAUUGUGUAAUCCUUUGGGCACGUCGCGGAAGAAGCACAAGUUGUGUAGUGUAUAUUGGAUUCUGAAUAACUUGGCACCAGGCUCUCACUCAGCACUCACCUCAAUUUAUUUGGCAGUUUUGUGUAAGAGUGACGAUGUAAAGGCAUAUGGAUAUGGAAACAUUUUGGAGCCACUUUUACAUGAUCUUGUUACACUAGAAGAGCAUGGUGUGUUCAUUCCAAAAAUUGGAGCUUUUGUCAAAGGAACAGUGCAUAGUGUAAUUGCUGAUAAUUUGGGCGCCCACGGUUUGGCUGGUUUCAUAGAGAGCUUUUCUGGGCAAUAUAUUUGCCGAUUUUGUACUGCUCAGAAAGUAGAAAUACAGUCAAAGGAUGUUCAUUCAGGUGCUUUUUGUCUACGAACCAAAGAAAUACAUGAAGCACAUCUGAAGAUUGCACAGGAUACUCAAACGAAUUGCUUUGGAGUGAAGAGAGCUUGCCCUUUAACUAAACAUCUUCAACAUUUUCACGUCAGCACAGGCUACCCCCCAGAUAUAGUACACGAUUUGUUUGAGGGCAUUGUCCCAUUUGAACUAGCACUGUGUUUGAGCAUUCUGAUCUCGAAGAAGUUCUUCAGUUUGGAUUCUCUUAACACGCGUAUACUCAAAUUUCCUUAUAAGUGGAGUGACAAAAAAAAUCGGCCUCACAUCAUACCACUUGCCUAUUCCAGUAGGAAAACGAUAGGUGGCAACUCCCAUGAAAAUUGGUGCCUAAUACGUUUCCUUCCAUUUCUCAUAGGGGACCUUAUACCAGAGGGUGAGCUGGCUUGGCAAGUGAUACUAGACCUGAAGGAAAUCGUAGAGUUGGUUGUGGCACCUGUUCACACGCACGAGACCAUUGCGUACCUUGAUGUCAAAGUGUCUGAGCACAGACACAGGUUGCUUGAGCUUAUCCCAGCACCAUUUUGGGGCGUUCCAGUUUACAUUGUCACCAGGAAGAGAGGUUGCCCUUGUUCAGCUUGAGGAGCUGACGGAUUACUGUCCACUUGUGGCCUACACAGUCGGAUCCAGACGUAUGGUGACCCUGAAGAGACAUCGUCAUUACAGGUUUGAUUUUGAUAAUUUACAGUGCCGUGUAAAAAUCUUCAGUAACAAAUUUGGUUUUAGUCCACCACAUAAACUUUGUGGGUACCUCUCUGUACUCAUGUCUGCUCUCUACUGACCUUCUCACUCUCCUAGUCUCCACUCUCUACUGACCUUCUCACUCUCCUAGUCUCCACUCUCUACUGACCUUCUCACUCUCCUAGUCUCUCCUAGUCUCCUCUUUACUAACUUCCUUUGUUACCCUCCUCGCUGUCCUAGCCUCAUCACAUCUAGGCAAUGACUGUGUCCUGACCAUGUAUUCUGCCUGAGUGAUUGAAUAUUUGAAUAACAAGACUAAUACCUGUCUACUCUGUAUUUCUGUAUCCACCUUAGAUUAGCAAAGCAGGAUGGCAGCACGAGUAACCUUAAGAGUCCUCUUUGGAGGUGAAGAGGAUGCAAGAAAACUCUCCAUUGAAUCCGGAAUACCAAGAACUGUGGAGGACUUGGCUCUUAAAAUCAAGACUUUCUUUGAAGUGACUGAGAAGUUCAGACUUCAGUACAAAGACAAAGACAUGGAUAAUCAGUUCAUGAAUCUCUUGACAACAUCAGAAC